AUGUCCAGAUUCAGCCUGGCCUCUGUGUCAUCUCUGCUGAGAAAGGUGUGUGUUGUGCAGCCAGGGAGCAGAUCUGCACUCUACAGGAGGCCCUACAGUCAGAAUGCCAAUGACCUACAACCCAAAGUGACUGUCAACCAGACACAUGCUAACCAAUUAUACAGAAAUGAGAUGAAACCAUCAGAUUUUGAUAAAAAGGUGCUUUUGUGGACUGGACGUUACAAAACAAAGGAGGAUAUUCCAGAAUAUGUCUCGUCGGAAACCCUAGCAUCUUCCAGAAAUAAAUUGCGCAUAAAGGUUGCCAUGGGAAUGAUUGCUGCAACACUUAUUGGAUGUGUUUUUAUGGUGUGGUCUGGUAAAAAAGCUCUCAGGGAGGACCGCACACUGGUCCACAUGAAUAUGGAGAAGAAAGCAAAAUGGAGAGAAGAAGUUGAAAAAGAGAAACAUUAG